ACCAUCAAUCCCUCAGCCAGUUUUUCUUUAGGUCUCGUCAUGAGCACUACUGUUAGUUCAGCCAUUGCCAAACAUUCUCGUCCUCAAACUACGUCAGCUUUGUGCAAAACCAAUCCGAAGUCCACCCUCGGCGCAUCUUCAGCCGUCGCGACCUGCUCCACCGACACAAUCAAUGCCACAACCUCCACUCUUCACACAACUCUUGACCCUUUUGUCCGUUCCACCUCGGCCGAAACUUUUCCUGCCUCAGUCCAGAGGGUCGAAUUACCUUCUCAGGGACACCUCCCAAGUGCCUGCAACAAACAACCUGUUUCUCUCGUUUCAUCGACAGAGUCUGCCGAUGUUCUCGUCAUGCAACAUAUCGAGCAGCCUGAUGAUACAGUGACCGAACAAAAGGACGAUCAAGUGAUUAUUGCGUUGGCAUGCUUGUCAACAUUUUCUGGUUUUUCACUUCUUGGACAGCGAAUCCUGCUUUGUGAAUUCGUUGACAACGCCGUAUCGAUCGAAAGUCUCAUAUCGCAGCUGCAAUCCGAAUGCCUCCCUGACUUGUCUCUCGCGACACCGGAUACCUCUGCCUCGAUGAAUCAAAGGUCUUCGGUCGACAGCGAGGCCAAUUCGAACGCCGAUGUUCCCGCUUCCACGAGCAUGACCGUUGACGACGAAGCACUCGCAGUUGCCAGGCCUGGUUGUCCAAAUCUUUCUGUCUUCACGACGAGUCUACCUCCGCCGGCCGACACUGGCUGGAUGACGGCGCUGGCCCAUUGGACUGAACAUCAUCCGCUCGUCCUCUCUUACUUCUAUUCCCUGCGAGGUCUUUUGUCCGAGGAAGCGUUCCACCAGUCUUCCGACCUGCCGGCUAAAUUAAGCGAGCGUCAGGUUGAGUCCGACAGGAUGGAGGAGAGGCUGCUUGCUGCUUGGCAGCACCUCGCGACUCGGGCGGCGGAUAGGCACCAUCGCCUCGUUCAGGUGCGAGUUUAA